AUGAAAAUGAGUUAGAAAUGUGUGUUUGUUUUUAUUUUUUAUUUCACCUUUAUUUAACCAGGUAGGCUAGUUGAGAACAACUUCUCAUUUUCAACUGCGACCUGGCCAAGAUAAAGCAAAGCAAUUCGACACAUACAACAACACAGAGUUACACAUGGAAUAAACAAAACAUACAGUCAAUAAUACAGUAGAACAAAAGAAAGUAAAAAGUGUAUAUACAGUGAGUGCAAACGAGGUAAGAUAAGGGAGUUAAGGGCCAUGGUGGCGAAGUAAUUACAAUAUAGCAAUUAAACAUUGGAAUGGUAGAUGAAUGUGCAAGUAGAGAUACUGGGGUGCAAAGGAGCAAGAUGUAUAAAUAAAUAACAGUUUAUUAUUUAACAGGAGAGGUCGAACCAAAAUGUGCUGUUAAAAUGAGAUAUAUUUCAAAUAAAAGCAAUGCAAUAGAGAAACCCUGCCAUGCAUCUCUAACCUCUAGGGUGAGUUUACUCUUGGCGGGUCUCCAGUUGUGAAUGGGAUGCGGAAGCCCCGCCUGUUUCGGGAUAUGACGCGAACCAAUGAAAAAGCCCAGUGCGUUAUGGAAGAACGUCAUAUCGUCAUCAGACGCCGUAGGGUUGGAAUGCCUCUGUGUGAGAUCCAGAACAACUCACCAAACAUUUUUUUUUUUUUUUACAAUUGGGAUAUGUUACGGAUAUGUUUGUUUAAAAUGUAUCAACAAUAAUUUCCCGACGCUUCAAGAGACUGAGUUGUCUUUCCUUGGACUAGGGAGAGUAGAGAGAGAGAGUGUUGUGAAUGCUGCUAAGUCGAAUUGCUUUCAACUUAUUUAUUGAAUUUGCAGAAAUUCAUAUGUCGAGAUAGCAGGCUUGGCACGUUAUGUUAUAUCGUUCGUUUGGACCGUGGAGCAGUUCAACACGGACCGUUAUAAUGUGAGUCCUGAAUCUCUGGAUGUUUGGGAAAGCUAGCCAAGUUGGCUACAUUCUUGUCGCCCUGUGUAGCUGGCUAGAACAUUGUGAUUGUGUGCUGCUGGAGCGUUUAGGCUACAAAGCAAGAAAGUGUCAGUGAAAAUACCUCCUUCUUUUGUCAUACAGGCAGAUGAAACACUGAAGAUGAACCCGCUAAUAGCAUAAAGAAAUGUAAGGUCCGGGUGCAUCUUCAAUCCCUAACUUACCAGGAAGGUAGUCUACUCUUUAAGUGCUGGAAGAUAGCCACUGUUCGCCAUAACUAUUGACAAGGGGAGAAGUAAAUGAUCAUAAUAAAUCGCCCACAUGCGCUGGAUCAAUCGUCGGCUUGGGGAAAGGAAUCAGAAGGUGGUGGACGUGUUGAGCGCAAAACCCUUCCUGGCUGGAGGAAGAUGGCGCAGCCGUUCAAUUGGAAGUAGUGGCGAGAGGAGUGAAACUUCAUCGGGGCUCGUUGGAUUUACUAGACAUCUCGACCCUGAUCGAAGGACACAUGCAGGCCAAAAAACGGUACUUAAUUCUGUUCUCCGCCGGUGCGUGUCUCAUUCUGUUGUUGUACUUUGGAGGGAUGCAAACCCCGCUAUCCAGAAGCAACAACCGGCGUGAUGACCGCAGCCUCGAUGGACACCACCGGAGUCCCCAGUGGCACCACUUCUCUGGGUCCCUGCAGCCGUUCAGCCCCUGGGACCAAAUGGAGACCGAGGAGUACAACGUUCACAUAUCGCCACGACAGAAGAGGGAUGUCAUUUCGGGAGUUUAUAACGGGAAACGUUGCCGGAUGGACUCCUGCUUUGAUUUUUCCUUGUGCAAAACCAACGGAUUUAAAGUUUACGUUUACCCGCAACAGAAAGGAGAGAAGAUGUCCGAGAGUUAUCAGAAUAUUUUAUCUUCCAUUGAAGCUUCCAGGUUCUAUACGUCUGACCCGGGACAGGCUUGUCUGUUUGUCCUGAGUUUGGACACUCUAGACAGGGACAUUCUGUCUCCGCAGUAUGUUCACAACCUCAGAACUAAAGUCCAGAACUUGCAUCUGUGGAAUAACGGAAAGAAUCACCUCAUCUUCAACCUCUAUUCGGGAACUUGGCCCGACUACACGGAAGAUCUGGGCUUCGACUUUGGACAGGCCAUGCUAGCCAAGGCAAGCAUCGGCACGGAGAACUUCAGACCCAAUUUCGAUGUCUCCAUCCCUCUUUUUGGGAAAGACCACCCCAGCGCCGGAGGGGAGAGGGGCUAUUUAAAAUACAACUCUAUCCCACCGUACAGGAAAUACAUACUCGUGUUCAAAGGAAAACGAUACCUCACUGGAAUCGGAUCAGACACGAGGAAUGCAUUAUAUCACGUCCAUAACUCUGAGGACGUGGUGCUGCUCACCACAUGUAAACACGGGAGAGACUGGCAGAAGCACAAGGAUGCCCGCUGUGACAUCGACAACGCCGAAUAUGACAAAAGCCUGGGACUGAAGCCUGGGAUUGAAGGCCGGGAUUGAAGCCCGGAAUUGCCACGAGUGUCAAGGGAAUCUUUUUGAUAGAAGUGAUUUGGAAUUACAUUUGACGGAACCAGGAAUACAUUCUAGGCAGAGUUGCAAAGAAAAAGUCCUAUCUCAGACUGGCCAAUAAAAAGAAAAGAUUAAGAUGGGCAAAAUAACACAGACACUGGACAGAGGAACUCUGCCUGGAAGGCCAGCAUCCUGGAGUCGCCUCUUCACUGUUGACGUUGAGACUGGACAGAGGAACUCUGCCUAGAAGGCCAGCAUCCCGGAGUCGCCUCUUCACUGUUGAUGUUGAGACUGGACAGAGGAACUCUGCCUAGAAGGCCAGCAUCCCGGAGUCGCCUCUUCACUGUUGACGUUGAGACUGGACAGAGGAACUCUGCCUAGAAGAAACAGGCACUAUAAACCAGUAGUAUAGUCAUACCAGAUUACCCAUACAGGCACUAUAAACCAGUAGUAUAGUCAUACCAGAUUACCCAAACAGGCACUAUAAACCAGUAGUAUAGUCAUACCAGAUUACCCAUACA